AUGCACACAAGAAAUUAUGUAAAAUUAAUUAAAUUCUGUAAUAAUGUUGAAUUUAAAAAGAAUGAAGAAAUAGAGAAAUUAGAAGUUUGUAUGGAAAAAUAUAUUAAUUUAAAUAUUUUUCAUUAUUUUAUUAAUAUAAAAGAGUUAUAUUUAGUAAAAAAUAAUAUCACUCAUAUAACACCACUGUUUAAAUGUGUCAAUUUAAUAAUUUUAUUUUUACAAAUUAAUAAAAUUAAGAGUAUUUUAGGAAUAGAAAAAUUAACAAAACUAGAAAAAUUAAAUUUGUUUAAUAAUGAUUUAACUGAAAAAUACAUAAAAAUUGAUGAAAAUAAAAGUUUAACAUAUAUUGAUUUAAGUGAUAAUAAAAUUGAAAAUAUAGAUUUUUUCAAUAAUACUAAUUCUUUUAUACAUAUUAACUUGGCUAAUAAUAAUAUAAAAAACAUAGAUUCCUUAAAAAAUAAUUUGAAUUUGGAGUAUUUAAAUAUUAGCGGCAACAAAAUUGAAAAAUUUGAAGACAUUGAAAUUCUUCAUGAUCUAAAAAAAAUAAAAGAAUUAUACUUGAAUUCAAUAUAUUACAGAAAUAAUAUAUUGACAGAUGGAAUACUUUAUAAGCAUUAUUUUUUCAGUCGUUUCCCUAAUUUAAGAAUUUUAGAUCAUGAAGUAAUAAAAGACAAACAUAGAAAAAUAACUGAUACUGAUUUGGAGAUCUUAAAAAAUAUCAUGGAUUUUAAAAUAAAUUUCAUAGAAGAAAAAUAUAAAAAGGAAAAAUAUUAUAUCUUAUUUAUAAAUAACAAGAAUGUAUCAUAUUUAAAUGACGUUUUAAAGCCAUUCAAUUUUUAUUAUAAUUUAAAAGAAAUAUAUACAUAUGAUGAAAGAGAAAAUGAAAAAAUAUCAAAAAUAGAAAAGGAAAUAAAAUAUUUAAUUAAUGCCUAUACUAUUAGAUUUAACUAUAUAAUGAAUAGAUUAAAAGAAGAAAGAAAUCUACAAAUAAGAUAUAUUAUAACAUCAUUGAGUUCUUACUUCAAUAUUUUUUUUAAAAUUAUAAAUAGAGAAGAGGAAGAAAAAAUUGAAAAUUUGCUAAAGUUAAAUUUUCAUCCACAAGCAUUAAAAAAUUAUUUUAUAGAUGAUAUAAAAAUUGAAAGUAUAAUAAAAGUAAAAAAAUUAAGUCAUAGUAUUCUAAACACAACAAUAGAAGAGCAUAUUAAUAGUUUAAUUUAUGAAAAAAAUUUAUUAUUUUUGCAUCCAUAUCAUUAUUGCAAAAUAAACAGUUACUUUGAAUUUGAUGAAAAAGAAUACAUAGUUGACGAUUGUGAAAAAAAAAAAUUUUUUGAAAAAAAUUAUGUCUGUUCUUCUUAUAAUAUAAAUCAUGUUUUGAAAACUUUGAUUAAGAUAUUUUUAGAAAAUGAUGAGAAAGAUGAUUUAGUUCAUUUAAUUUAUUACAAAAAUAAAAACAAUAACGAUUUUAUGAGUUUAGAAAAUAAUAUAAACAUAAAAAAAAAAAUUAUAAGAAAUAAAAAAUUUGAUUUUCCUAUAUUCCCAAUAUAUGUUGUUGAAAAUUAUUUUUUUCGAAAUGAAUAUAAAGAAGUGUAUGCAUAUAGUUCAACUGAAAACAGAAAAUUGGAUACAGAAAAUGAAGAAUCAUAUAAAAAAGAAAUAGAUAAAGAAAAUAGUGACAUAAUAAAUGAUAAUAAUAUAUUUAAAAAUAAAAAUAUGGAAACAAAAUUUAAAAUAUAUUAUACCUUACCCAAACACACUAAUUUAAAAUAUAUAAUUAACUUGAAUUUAUUAAAUAAAAAUAAAGAAAAAUAUACUGAUAAAAAUGAUGUAAAAAAAAUAAAUUCCAAUAAAAAAGUAGAAAAUCAAAAAAAAAUGAAAAGUGAUUUUUUAAAAUAUUUAAGAAAUAAUAUAAAUACUCUUUCAAAUAAUAAAUUAAAAGACGAUUUUCUUCACUUUAUUUUAAGUUUUGAUUUCAUUAAUUUUUUUAAUAUUACAAAAUAUUUUAUUAAAUUAAGCAAAAUAAUAUGUGAAAUAAAAAAAAAUGCUUCAGUCAUUUUAUUAAAAAAUAAUUUAAACCAUCUAGAAGUUAAUGAAGCAUUUAAUGAAAAUGUAGAGAUAAAUACUUGUAAAGAUUUAGAAAUUUUAAAUAAAAAAAAAAAUGAUAUUAUUAAUAUAUUUAAUAAAUCAAAUGAAGAAGGGAUUAUUUGUGAUAGUAAAAAUGAGAAAAAUAAAAAAGCUUUAUACUUAAAUAAUCUUAGUAUAAGAAAAAUCAAUUUGAAUUCUUUAAAAAAUUAUCCUAAUUUAAAAGAGUUACAUUUAAGGAAUAAUAACAUUAGCAAUUUAAAAUAUUUUUUUCAUUUUUAUGAAGAUGAUUUAAAUAAUUUACUAGUAUUAGAUUUAUCAUGUAACAAUAUAGUUGAUUUAUCUUCAUUAUAUAUGAAAUUUAAAAACUUAAUUCAUCUUAAUAUUUCUUUUAAUUAUUUAUAUGAUUAUACGCAAAUAAUAAAAUUUAGUAAAAAUCACAAAAAAAUUGAAUAUUUGUCAAUCCUUAAUAAUUCUAUAUAUAUCAAAUCAGAAUUUUAUUCUAAUAUUCAUUUUCUAUUUCCUAAAAUAAAAACCUUUAAUGAUAUAAACAUAAUUAAUAAAAAUAAUUUUGAUAUUAAUAACUAUUACUUUGCUACAUCAAAUGAAGAAAUUUUUUAUGAUGAAUAUCUUUUAAAUAAUAUUCCAAAGAAUACAAAUAGGAAAUAUGUAAAUAUAAAGGAUAUUUUAAAUAAGAAAUAUUCAGAAAUAUAUAAAAAUAUAAACACAAAGAAUUAUCAUAAUUAUAUCAAAAUAAUAAAUUUGUCAAAUUUAUAUUUACCUUUAAAUUUUUUAAAUUUUUCCAAUUUUGAAAAUUUAAAAAUUUUGAAUUUAUCUAAUAAUGGAAUAGAGAAUCUAAAUGAUUUAAAAUUACCAAAAAAAUUAAAAGUUUUAAAUUUGAAAAAUAAUAAAAUAUCAUCAUUAGAAUUUUUAUCUGACUUUUUAGAGAUAGAAAAAUUAGUAUUAGAUAACAAUGAAUUGAAAAAUAUUAACAAAAUUAUUUUAUUAAAAAAAUUAAAAAUACUUAGAUGUUCUCAUAAUAAAAUAACAAAUUUGCCUCUAUUUCAAAAUUUAAAUUUGAUGGAACUUAAUAUUCAUAAUAAUUUAAUAAAAGACAUAACGCAUCUUGUUUUAAUUAAAAAUAAGAAAUCAUUAAUUUCUAUUAAUAUAUAUAAUAAUAAAAUAAACUUUUUAAAUUUAGAUAUAUAUUUAAUUCAUAUUUUUCCUAAUUUAUUAAUAUUAAAUAAUAACUAUGUUGAAAAAAAACAAAAUAUUCAGAAGUUUUUUAAGAAUAUAUAUACUAUUGAUGCUUUUUUCGAUAUGUAUAAUUUAUACCCACCAUAUACAUCCUUAUUGUCCCUUGAGAUAAAUAGUCUAAAAAUAAAAAAUAUUUUAUUUAAUAUUAAUAAUGAUAAUUUUAAAAAUUUAAUAAGCUUAAAUAUUUCAAAUAAUUACAUAAGUAAUAUUAAUAAUAUUGGACCAUUAGAUAAUCUAAAAGUUUUAAUAAUGAACAAUAAUAAGCACAUAAAUGAAAAUUCUUUUAUAGAUGAAAAUGAUAAUAGUACAUUAAAUUCUUUCAAUUCAUUAGAAGAGCUUGAUAUUAGUCAUUGCUUGUUAUCAAAAACAACUUUCUUAAAAAAGUGUACAAAUUUGAAAAAUUUGAAAAUUUUAAACCUAGAGGGAAAUAAUAUAAAUACAAUUAAAUAUUUAGAAUGUUUUGAGAAAUUGAAAAUUUUAAAUUUAUCAAAUAACAAAAUAUCAAAAAUUUGUUCUAAUUCUUUUCCUAAUAGUUUAGAAAACUUAGAUAUAUCGAAUAAUUUAAUUAGAAGUUUGAGCUCUUUUUCUACAUUAAAAAAUGUGAAAAAGUUAGAUCUUCGAGUUAAUAGAAUUGAUAAUAUUGAUGAAUUUAAAUAUUUAAAAAGUUUGGAUAAUUUAAAAACGUUAUAUUUAAACGGAAAUAGAAAAAUAAAAGAACAUUUUAUAAUUAUUAAAAAUAUGCUAAAUCAAAUAGAAAAUUUUGAUAAUAAAAUUAUGAAGGAACAGAAUAGCCUAACUCAAUAUUUAGAAGAAAAAAAAGAAGAAGCUAAUAGACAAAAUAAAGAAAUUAACAAAACAAAUAUAUCGAUAGAUUCAAAUAAGAAUAAGUCACCUAAUAAAGAUAAAACUAAAAUGACAAAACUUAAAGGAAUAACAAAUAAAAAAGAUUCCUUUGAUGAUCCAAUUAAAAAAGAUAGUUUUACUAUUAUAGGAAAAAAAGUCAAUAGUAAUGGAAACUAUUAA